CUGCGGGGCUGAGGCGGGGCCGGAACCCGGGGCGGGGCUGACAGGCGCGAGUGAAGGGGCUGCAGUCCGGGCCUGGCAAACAGAGCGGCCACCAUGGGGCAGAUCGAGUGGGCCAUGUGGGCCAAUGAGCAGGCGCUGGCAUCCGGCCUGAUCCUCAUCACGGGUGGCAUCGUGGCCACGGCUGGGCUGUUCACCCAGUGGUACUUCGGUGCCUACUCCAUUGCAGCGGGCGUAUUUGUAUGCCUAUUGGAGUACCCCCGGGGGAAGCGGAAGAAGGGCUCCACCAUGGAGCGUUGCGGACAGAAGCAUAUGACCAAAGUGGUGAAGAUGCUUGGGCCCCUGUCCAGGAAUUACUACGUCCGUGCCUUCCUGCACCUGGGGCUGUCAGUACCCGCUGGCUUCCUGCUGGCCACCAUCCUGGGCACUGCCUGCCUUUUCAUUGCCAGCACCAUCUAUCUGUUGGCGGCCUUCCGAGGUGAGCAGUGGAUCCCCAUCGAGUCCAAGCCCAAGGAAAGGCCACAGGUUGGAACCACUAUCAAACAGCCACCCAGCAACCCCCCACCACGGCCCCCUGCUGAGGCCCGCAAGAAGCCCAGUGAGGCAGAGGCUGAGGAAGGGGCAGCGGGUGGCCCCACUGGUGGUCCCCAGGUCAACCCUGUCCCUGUGACUGAUGAGGUCGUGUGAGGGACAGACCCAGCAAUAAACAGUGAAAGCUGCAGAAUAA